CGACAAUGAAUAGGACAGCAAGAACAGUGUCGGUUUCGGUCUGGUUUAGGGAAGCAAGAUCCACACGUGCAUAUCACGUGCACACCCAAAACUGGGUAAAUCUGUAAAAACACCUAUUGUAACUCAAUUUUUACUGUGUGGUGUGGACUAUGGAGAUUGUGGACGAAGACGGGGCAAAAAUUGCAAUACCAAACGGUGUUAAGGUCGUGUUUGGAAGAGGAUUUGGGUUCAACACCGACGAUCGAACAGUUUCUCGUCGCCACGUUGAGUUGGAAGUUUAUGACGAAGCAGGAGGUUCACAGACUGAGCCCAGAGUUUCAUUUGAGGUUUUGGGGAAGAACCCCAUUUGGGUUAGGAGCAGAACAGAUGGGGAAGUUAGGGUUUUUAGGAGGUUGGAGAAGGGUGAGAUGGUGCCAGGGGAUUCGUUCUGUGUUUCUGGAAAUAGACCCACAUGGUUUUCUCUGAGAAAAGUUGGAGUUGGGGAUGAAGUUGAAGUUGAAGAAGGAGAAACGAGAGCUUUGGCGGUUGAAGGUGAAUUGGCUGAGAGUUUUGAGGAUUUUGAUGUUUCCGGCAUUGACCCUGUUAAAGAGUUUGGUUUUGUUGUGAUGGGGCAUGAGUUCGACCUCUAUCCCAAACAUAAGAUCCGUAAUAUGAAGAGCUGGGAUUGGUUCCUUGAAGAACCUAGGAAAGAGAGCGAAGGCGACGAUGAGAAGUUUGAGAAGAAAGUGAGGACGACAGGGAAAAGAAAGAAGAGAAAGGAUGAAGGAAAUGAUGAUGAUGAUGAAUGGACCGGUGAGAGUGAAGAUGAUAAGGAGCUUGUUGUGAAUAUGAAAAAAGUUAAUAGGCCAAAAUAUUCUACUAGAUCAAAAGAUCGUGAUGAGCCUCAGAAGUAUAAAAAAAGUAGUAAAAUUUCUAAACAGAAGAAAACUUAUGUUGCAGAUGAAGAUGAAGAUCAAGAAACACUUGGAGGAUUUGUUGUUGGUGAUGAUGAGGUGGACCAAGAAGAAACUAAUGAUGAAGAAGAAGAAGAAGAAGAAGAGUUUGUGGAAGAUGACGAUGAUGAAUUAGAUGAUUAAUUCUAAUAGAAGUGUAAUGAGUAGCGGAGUUUAUUUCUUUUGCCUUGUAAGUCAUAUUAUGUGUAUAAUGUUAUAAAUUUUGUGCCCUUUUUCCCUCUUGUUUUGGAUAGACUUCUGUUAUUUUGAACAUUUAUCUCCAAGACUAUGAAAAAAGAAAUGAAAUUAGGAUUUGUUGAUU